GAUCUGUUUCCUCAAAUUGUUUAGUAUUAACAAAUCAAUUUUCUAAGUCCUUAUUUUCGUAAAUUUUAGUCGCUCUUUUUAGGGUUUUUUAGGGUGCUUUUAAUGUGGAGUUCAGCUCUGUUGUGCUUUCUCAUAUUACUUGACAACUUAGCUUCCACUUCUUCCUUCAAUGUCAUGGAAUAUAUAAAUAAAAAGAUAAUAACGUGCUAAGUACGUGCCCGAUAACAUGGGACUAAUUAAACUGUUUUACAAAAACACCUAUUGUUUUAUCCACAAAAGGUUCAAGCUUUGAGUUCGCGAUUUCAAUUCAUUUGAAUAUUCACAUCUUCUUUUUGUUUCUUAGCAACGCUCUUGAAAACAUUACUAAAACCUAGAGUAAAACAAGAGAGGCAAAAAUCUUUGAGGAACCAGUAGAACUUAUGUUCAACAACGCUGGAAAUGAUGAUUCAAGACAGAGGUACUAUGGCAUCUAGUAUUCUUGGCUGUUUGUUUGAAGUCUAAAAGCAGAAAGUGGUGGGAUGUGAAGUAUCUAAGCGCCAGGACUAACAACGCAAAACCAAAACCGUCUGCAAACUUAUAGUCUUAAAAACAGAAAAAAGAUCUGAAAAACGCCGCAAAGUAAGAGCAGAGGAAAGAGAAGAAGAAGGCUGUGUGCUUUAGACUUGUUGGAAAUUCGUAUUGGAACUUUGAUACUGAAAAACAGUCUCACGGUACCGAACAGCUGGUAACUAACAACACAGAAUCAGUCUACUCUUGGAAAAGUUUCAAAAUCAGCGAAGUUGAACUAAUAAAGACUAUACAGGAAAUUUGUAAGCAGAACUUAACUAUUGGAUUACUAUGGGUUGUGGGCCAUCGAAGAAGGACACUCGUGGAAUACAUGAAGUGAAUGAAAUCACGAAGAAGCCUAAGAGCAAAACCACAACAAAUGACGAUAAUAAUAACUUUACGAAAAAACAAUUCAAGGUUGGUGAGCGCGUUCAUGUGCGGGGUUAUGUUGGAACGGUUAGGUUCGUUGGUUCGACCGAACUUGGCGAUGGUGUCUGGAUUGGUAUCGAACUUGACAAGCUACAUCACCAAGGAAACGAUGGCUACUUCAAAGAAGCAAAAUACUUCUCUUGUAAGCCCAAACAUGGUCUUUUCGUUAGGCCUGAGAGUGUUGAGCUACAUACUGAGGAGUUACCAGACCUGUCACCUGAAACUGUCGUUAAAAUACAGACCCAAGUACGGAAAAUAUUGGCCAAGAUAAGACUGAGAAACCUGCUAAAGCGCUCAGAAAACGAGAAAUUAAUUGACAAACACGUGAUGAAUACGCCUCCAAAAGCCGAAAAGGGUAUCAAUGAACUGAGUGAGUACCUCACUAAACCAUUUGAGAGCGACAGAGACAAGGCAUUUGCUAUCUACAGAUGGCUUUGUUUUAAUAUUUCCUACGAUGUCGAAGGGUUCUUUGGAAGACGAAGCAAGGCAAGCUGUGACGCUGAAGACGUUCUCGCCAACAAGACUUCUGUUUGCGCAGGUUACGCCAACCUUUAUGAAGCACUGGCGAGAGCAUCUGGGCUCGAAAUACACUUUGUAAGUGGAUAUGCCAAAGGUUACGGCUACAAAGCAGGACAAAGAGUUGACGGAGCAAACCAUGCGUGGAAUGCUCUCAAGAUUGAUGGUCAAUGGUAUUUAUCAGAUGCAACUUGGGGCUCAGGUAGCCUUGGGGAUGAUCUCCUUUUCCAACGUGCUCCAAAUACCUACCGCUUUUUAAUGCAACCAGAUUAUGCCAUCUAUGAUCAUUUUCCCGAGGAUGAAAAAUGGCAGCUAUUGGAUAAACCUGUGCCUCGAGAGACAUUCGAGAAGGCGGCCGUCAUAUCUGGGCCUCUUUACGAGAUGGGCGUCGAACUUCUCACUCACAACGAAACCCACUACAGCAUUGACAGUGACUCCAUAGAAAUGGACUUCUACUGCCCAGGAAGGAAGAUAUUACUGAUGGCGAAGCUAAAAGAUAGUUCUGGGAAGGCUCAUGAUGGUCAAAAGAGCAAUUGUCGACAGCGCAUACAGUUACGGCGCUGCGGACUCAACCAAGUUAGACUCCAUGCACAGUUCCCAAUCAAAGGCGACUACUCUAUCGAUAGAUAUGUCAACGUUGAAGGGACAUGGACGUUCGGCUUAACCUACUACAUAACUGCCAAUAAAGGGUGCGGUAAAAAUACGGGAGGAUUUCCCAGAAUUUCCAACUCCUUUUAUGAUGACGGGUUUGACCUGGUUACUCCAUUUACCAACAUUGAAACCACCAAUGGCAGGGCUGAGAUUCAAUUCCAGUGCUACAAUAGGCGCUAUUGGUCGCUCAAUGGGAACCUUAGUGGCACAGAUGGAUCAUCGCAGAAAAAAAUCUUGAAGAAUCAAGCUUUGAGUAUUUCAGAGAAAACCAACGAUGGAUUUAUCCUGAAGGUUGAUACCCCAGCUCCAGGAACUUACUGCCUUAGGAUAUUUGCAAAAUGCGUGGAAGAGGGGGACAGCAGUCCGUUUGUAUGUGAAUAUUACAUUAACAACUUGGAGACUACCAAGCGACCUCUUGCGGGGUUCCCUAAUCUCUCAGAUCACUUGUAUUCCUGGGGUUUAGAGCUUGUUGAGCCGAGAGAGAACAUCUUAACUAAAGAUGGAAAGGCAACAAUCAAAAUUAAAGCAACGGAGCUGUGUAACUUGGAUAUUUCGUCCAUAAGACUCCUUGGUAAUGUCCACAGACAAGAUGGCGCGAAUAUGAACUUGCUUACAAAUCAAGAAUUGUACUUCACUGAGACCACUAGUAACAGCCUUGAAAUGAAAGUCGAUACCCCUGGUGCAGGAACGUACUUGUUAAACAUCUUUGGGACGAGCGAAAAGGGAACAAAUGUGUUCUUUUGUAGCUAUUUCAUUCACAGCUCAGAAAAAGAAAAGCGCGCGGCUGUAGGAUUCCCACUAGCAUCAGAUGUUUUUCACAAGUUGGGAAUGAAGCUUGUUAAACCUCGAGAAAAUAUCUACUCCACAGACGGGAGAGCGGAGAUUUCGUUUGAAUGUCCUGAAAAACUCACCGAGGUGAAGGAGUACAUCCAGAAGGAAAAAGAAACCAUCCAUGGCUGUUGUAAAACAACAACAGCAACAGAUGAAAAUAGGACGAUUAAAAAUAUUUCUGUCCAACUUCCCUCGAAAGGACUGUAUAAACUGAACGUCUUUGGGAAAAUAGACGAUGGGAAUGCGAGUGAUUUUCUUUUUAGUUUUGUUAUAUUUGCAGAAAAAGGGGUUGAAAAAUAAAAGGUUUUUUAGUGCACUCUUAAAUGGCUUUCCUAUAUCAGCACUGUGAUUGGAUAGUGUCUAACUUCCUGGUUGGUUCAGGAGGGAAAGCCAUUUUGUUGUCAGUUUUUCACUCGCUCCUGCUCUACUUGGAAACAAAAUUCAAACUGCAUUUGCUGUUCAUACUGUAUAUUUAAUUCCUACUAAUAAGAUAAGAUAUCUAUACUAAUGUGUUCCGCAUAUUUAUCAGUAUCAUGCAAAUUCCAAGCAAAUAUGUUUGAAAGCUUUUUUCCCUACGUUUUUCAGUUUUCUCUUGUGUGUAAUAUGAUAACUAUUUUACUGUGUGUGUUUCAUUUAUUUCCGUUCUUAC